UAUUCCGAGUGUUGAGUGGUAGAGGAAGAAAGGCGGCGGCGUCUCUCCCAGCCUCCUUCAGCAUCAUCAGCGCCAUCACUCUCUGCUCUUCACCAACAACAACAACAACAACAACAACAUUGUCGUCACUGGCUGCUUCAAAUCUGACGUCAGUAUGUCUGACAAGAGUGAGCUGAAGGCCGAGCUGGAGAGGAAGAAGCAGCGGAUCGCCCAGAUUCGGGAAGAGAAGAAGAGAAAAGAAGAGGAGAAAAAGAAGAAAGAUGUCAGUGUCCCAAAGUCUAAUGCUCCAAACAAGAGGAACUCAUCUUGUCCUUCUUGUGUCCAGGGAGACUCCAAGCGUGCUGUGGACCAUGAAGACUCUGACCUGGAGAGGAAGAGGAAGGAGGCGGAGGCCAUGCUGCAGAGUGUUGGCAUCACCUCAGACAUAACACACGUCCCCGCCCCCAUGUCUCCCUCCAACAAAUCAGUGGGCAGCGACGCAGGAAGCCAGGAUUCUGGGGACGGAAACGCCGGACCAAGGACAUUGCACUGGGACCCUGACCCCUCUACUCUGCAACUCCACUCCGACUCUGAGCUGCUGGGGCGUGGGACAGUGAAGCUCACCAUGUCCAAAGUGACUCAAGUGGACAUUGUCCCCAAAGAAAUGGUGUCUUACUCCAAAGAAACCCAGACGCCCACUGAAGCUCACACAGAACAAAAAGCUGAUGAGGAUGAGGAGGAUGAGAUAAGUGCCCCCCCGCCCACAGAGGACACACAAGAAGACAAAGAAGACCAGGCUGACCAGCAGGAGGAGGACACAAUCAAAGAGCUGACCGAAGAAGAGAAGCUGCAACUCCUGCACUCUGAGGACUUCCUGAGCUUCUUCGAGCGGGGCAGCAGGAUCGUGGAGCGGGCGCUGGCCGAGCAGGUGGACGUCUGCUUCGACUACAGCGGGCGAGACCUGGAGGACAAAGAGGGGGACCUGCAGGCAGGCGCCAAGCUGCUGCUCAACAGACAGUUUGCUGAUGAACGCUGGACAAAAAACCGAGUGGUCACCUGUCUGGACUGGUCUCCUCAGUACCCAGAGCUGCUGGUGGCCUCCUACAACAACAAUGAAGAUUGUCCCCAUGAACCUGACGGCGUGGCGCUGGUGUGGAACAUGAAGUACAAGAAGGACACACCUGAGUACAUCUUCCACUGCCAGUCGGAGGUGAUGUCAGCCAGCUUUGCAAAGUUUCACCCCAACCUGGUGGUGGGCGGGACUUACUCGGGACAGAUCGUCUUAUGGGACAACCGCAGCAACAAGCGCACACCUGUCCAGAGAACCCCCCUGUCUGCAGCUGCACACACUCACCCGGUGUACUGCGUGAGUGUGGUGGGCACCCAGAACGCCAACAACCUGAUCAGCAUCUCCACAGACGGCAAGAUGUGCUCGUGGAGCCUGGACAUGUUGUCCCAGCCGCAGGACAGCCUGGAGCUGGUGUUCAAGCAGAGCAAGGCGGUGGCCGUCACCUCCAUGGCCUUCCCCCUGGGUGACGUCAACAACUUUGUGGUGGGCAGCGAGGACGGCUCCGUCUACACCGCCUGUCGCCAUGGAAGUAAGGCGGGCAUCACUGAGGUGUUUGAGGGCCACCAUGGUCCUGUGACAGGCCUGAGCUGUCACACUGCUGCAGGACCUGUGGACUUCUCCCACCUCUUCAUCUCUGCUUCUUUCGACUGGACCGUCAAACUGUGGAGCACCAAGAGUACCCGCCCCCUGUACUCGUUUGAGGACAGCUGCGACUACGUCUACGAUGCCAUGUGGUCUCCUACACACCCUGCUCUGUUCGCCUGUGUGGACCUGGCUGGACGUCUGGACCUGUGGAACCUCAACCACGACACUGAGGUCCCCACUGCCAGUGUGUAUGUGGAGGGGGCUCCGGCGCUGAACCGCGUGCGAUGGUCUCACUCCGGGAAAGAGAUCGCCAGCGGGGACUCUGAGGGACAGGUGCAGGUGUACGACGUGGGCGAGCAAAUCUGCGUCCCCAAGGCGGACGAGUGGACUCGCUUCGUCAGGACGCUGGCUGACAUCAACCAGAACAGAGACGAGGCGGAGGAGCUGGCCAAUGUUUGAUCACACCACACUUUAUCCAUACAUCACUACUCAUCCCUGCUGAGCUCCUCCUCAUGACUGUCCAGCUCCUCUUCCUAAUGACUGUCCAGCUCCUCCUCAUCAUGACUGUCCAGCUCCUCCUCCUCCUCCCUCCUCCUCAUCAUGACUGUCCAGCUCCUCCUCCCUCCUCCUCCUCCUCAUGACUGUCCAGCUCCUCAUCAUGACUGUCCAGCUCCUCCUCCUCCCUCCUCCUCAUGACUGUCCAGCUCCUCCUCCUCCUCCCUCCUCCUCAUCAUGACUGUCCAGCUCCUCCUCCUCCCUCCUCCUCAUCAUGACUGUCCAGCUCCUCCUCCUCCCUCCUCCUCAUCAUGACUGUCCAGCUCCUCCUCAUCAUGACUGUCCAGCUCCUCCUCCUCCCUCCUCCUCAUCAUGACUGUCCAGCUCCUCCUCAUCAUGACUGUCCAGCUCCUCCUCCUCCCUCCUCCUCAUCAUGACUGUCCAGCUCCUCCUCAUCAUGACUGUCCAGCUCCUCCUCAUCAUGACUGUCCAGCUCCUCCUCCUCAUGACUGUCCAGCUCCUCCUCCUCAUGACUGUCCAGCUCCUCCUCAUCAUGACUGUCCAGCUCCUCCUCCUCAUGACUGUCCAGCUCCUCCUCCUCCUCCUGAUGGCCGGGCCAGGAGACCACCUCCCACGUGUUUGACUCGUAGUUUCUGCUUCAAGCGAACCCUCAAUAGUUCCCAGCUGAAAUUGAGGUCUCCAACUAGCAGCUCCUGCCUCCCCUGACUGCUCCUCAACAAUAUGCAAACCUUUCUACUGACAUCUUUAUACUAACACUUGAAUAUUCUUCUGUCAGACUUCCUCGUGCUGAAGUUGGAGAAGACUAGCACUCAUUUAUUUAACACAAAUGUUGCAUUUGAAGCCCUGCAAUAUUUCAUAUUUAUUCUGCUGCUCACACAUUUUAAGGGACGUGCAUUGACAUGUAAAAGAUGAAGCAGCACAUAAAAGAUGAAGCAGCACACUCACAAUUUGGCACCUCAAGUUCCUGGCAGUCAGAUUUCAUGUGUGAGUAUUCAGUGCCCUUUUUUUUACACGAUGAAGGGCUCAUCUGGAGGUCAAAUGUACUUGGAGACAUCCAACAUGUCCAGGACCAUCCUUGACAACUUUUUGUUUUUAAAAGAAGGAAAUAACUUGUGUCCAAUUCAUUUAGUCACCAUGAAGAAGUGCUUUUAAGAAAGUGUUCCAACUACACAAAUCAAGCAUAAAUGGUUUUGUAUUUGAAAAGUUCCUUCUGUGUUCACGUGAGGCCCGUGAUCAAAGUCACAAUGAGAAGAAAUAUUCAUUAAAAAACAAUGGCGGAGGUCAAUGAGACAUCAAAGGUUGAUUUCAUUGCCUCCAACAAAGUUUGCUCACCUUCGGCUAGUUUAGUUCCUACAAGAAGAAACUUUCAUCCUCCGACUGUGAAAAUGUUUGCCUCUUUGUUCAAUGUUGGCCUUUCCUUCCUUGACAAAGAGAAACCCAUUUAGAUGCACAGAGAAGCGUAUUAUUGUUAUUAUCAUCCUCAUUGGAAUAAAAACUCAGAAGUCUGUAGUUGUAAAAUCAAAAACCAUAUGGAUGAUUUAUUUCAAUAAAAUGACUGAAUUAUAUGCUUUUUAAUUCAAUAA